UGCAAUACUUGUACUGUAAGCAGUAAGAAGUAGAGUUAAUUUAUGCUAAUAAUCGAUCGUAUUCGUAUUCUGCAUCGAAACCGCAGCGGGCAUUAUGCAGACCAGUUUGUUCCAGCAAAAUUUUGGCUGCUUGUGCAUCAUGGGAGAUUUGAAGUGUGGCCUCUUUGAAGUAUUCGUCGUAAUGUAGCUUUUGCGAAUAAUCUCCGGUGUGCGGGGGGAAGAUAUAUGUUUACCGGAAGAGAACCCGGUGAGGAUGACAAUGUUACUUUUCUUCAAAUAACUAUCAGUGAUCACUUAUCAGCAACAGAAUAUUAUUAUCGGCUUUUUCCUCGUCCACUCUUAACAUGUUUUAGAGGACAGCUUACAACGACAAAUGCAUGCUAAAAAAUGCAGGUUUCGCCAGAGCUCACUGGGACUCAAUCCAUCCAGCUCCAGUGGAAACGCUUUUGGCUCGGAACAAUCGUCGGGCAGGCCUAAGUAUAUACAAUUAGUGCAGACUGGCAUCUUGGUCCUGUUACUCUCUGCUGGCUUGUGUUUGCUGAUGUAUAAGCGCACCGAAUUGGACCUGUGGUUGCAAAAAAUUGAUACAGAAUGGAAUGGUAGCUGGAUGACACGAAUCGAUGACCGGGCUCCCGAUGUCAUUCCUUUGGAAUUUGUCAGCACCCUCGAAACACCGGAUGUGAUUAAUAAGAUUACUGAAUCAUUUCGGAAGAGGGAGCGAAAUGGGAAAAGGUGUCCUUUCCGGAAUUGCCAAAAAAUCUUGAAGGAUUCGCCCAAUAUAUACCAUUACCAUAUGAAGGAUAUGGUGUUAGACAGCUACAGUCCGUACUUGAGCGACAAAACUGGCUCUGUCCCUUUCGAAUGCGAAGGUUUUACUUUGGACAACGAGACGUCCUUAAUGAUCACGAGGACAAGUUCGCCUUCCUUUCGUGUUGGGGAUCUAAUAUUACAAAUCAAUGAGAAGAGCCUUAAAGAAAUAGGCAUUACCGAGGCCCUGGUCUUACUGAAUAACACCGCCAGAAGAACCGUGAAAAUUAAGUACAUACAUAAGAUCGGAUCUGACAUGGAAACGGGUGCACUUUCUUGAUUCUUUAGCGGUACCGCUACCCACAAAAAGAAUUCGCGUGUUUUAAAUGUUGACUCUUCAGCAGCGUUGACUUGUUUAUUGUCCAAAACUGAUUGGUGUCGUGUUUACAGUUUUCUGGAAUUUGGAUCUAUCAAAUUGCAAAAGUAGUGUCACUGUUAUAUGUAGUAAUAUUGUACCUUUUAAUUCUGCACGUAUUUCCUUGAAGCAGUAACUUUCCGAAUUUCUUCUUCGUUGUAAUAGUACUGUAUUAUCACAGCAUGUUUACUGACGCAUUACAAGCCUAUGAGUAACUUCGGAAUA